AUGCCUCAAAACAAACCCGCCCCCAUUCCGUCCCUUCGUCCUUUCAUCCUCACCCACCAGCGGCAGCGGGUUCAUCGUCAGCAGUGCUCAGCAGCUAAAAGACGCCUUAAAGCCCACUUUCCCUCCCUCCUUCCCACCCCUGUUCUCCACCGACCAGUGGCAGAGGGUUCAUCGUCAGCAGCACUCAGCGGCUGCGGCAGUGGAUUCAUCAUCAGCAGCGCGCAGCGGCUGGUUCUGACAAAUGCUCACGUGGUCGAUGGUGCAGCAAGAGUGACACUACUUCUUCCCGACAGUCGUCGCUUUGCCACCGAGUCAUGCGUACUGCAUCCCUCUGCUGACCUGGCAGUGCUCAAGGUCACUCACAGGCUGCCCGCGAAAACAAGCAUUUCUGCGUCUCUCCCCAGCCGCCAAGGGGCCACAGAGGCAGCGGUAGCAGCAGCAGGGAGAGGGGAGGGAACAAAUGCACCACUUGCAGAGGAGGGCGGAGUGGGCAGCAGGACAGAGGAUUGGCUGCCCUGUGCGCCCAUUGGUGACAGUGAUGACGUGGAGCUUGCUGAUUGGGUGAUCUCAGUGGGAAAUCCCGUGGGGCUGCCUGGCAGCAUCAGCCUGGGCGUGAUCAGCAGCCUAAAGCGCACUGCUGCUCAGGUGGGAGUGCCCCACUCCUCCCUCCACUUCUUCCAAACAGACUGUGCCAUCAACCCGGGGAGCUCAGGCAGUCCCCUUGUGAACGAGUUUGGAGAGGUGAUUGGCAUCACAACAGCCAUCCGGUCGGAUGCUGAGGGAGUGGCAUUCGCCAUCCCCAUCAACCAUAGCGUGAGAUUCGGUCCGGGCUACACUGCGUCUGUUAACCUCGCAACCAACCCUCCUUCUCUGGCCGUUGUCGACUGGAAAGGCGCGCCUGUCGCGCCCACUUAUAACGCGGACGGAUCCGCUAUGGUUGCCGGGUACACCGCGUACCCAAACGGCACCGUCACUGGUCCGGGCGGCCUUACCAUCUACCUUCAAGGUUUCAGCUCUGAUGCGGCAUUGUUCACCGUGGGAGCAACGACAGUGCUGAGGAACGGAACCAUUGUGGACUCUUCGGGAAGAAAGCUCGUGCCGGUGAAAAACCCUAACGGGGACGGGUCGUACACAGCAGGGGACCUGACUGGGUGGCCUAACGGCUUCAUCAUUGGCAGCGGCGGCGCCGUGAUCAACGCCGGCGCGCCGCUCACCGUCACAGCGAAUGGCAGCGUUGCGUUCGCGCCGCAGGCUGCUGUUCCCACCCCGCCCUCAACCUGUCGCUGGGUGGCAUCACGGUGGGGGCGAGCGGCACAGGAUCGAGCGGCACAGGAUCGAGCGGCACAGGAUCGAGCGGCACAGGAUCGAGCGGCACAGGAUCGAGCGGCACAGGAUCGAGCGGCACAGGGGCGAGCGGCACAGGAUCGAGCGGCACAUGAUCGAGCGGCACAGGAUCGAGCGGCACAGGAUCGAGCGGCACAGGAUCGAGCGGCACAGGAUCGAGCGGCACAGGGGCGAGCGGCACAGGAUCGAGCGGCACAGGAUCGAGCGGCACAGGAUCGAGCGGCACAGGAUCGAGCGGCACAGGAUCGAGCGGCACAGGAUCGACAGCACAGGAUCGAGCGGCACAGGAUCGAGCGGCACAGGAUCGAGCGGCACAGGAUCGAGCGGCACAGGAUCGAGCGGCACAGGAUCUAG